UAAUUUUGUUAUACUAAGUAAAUUUACCUUUGGUUUGACCAUCAUUUCCUUCAUGUUCCAGAUAACUCUUGAAAAUGAAUUUGAUUUUCAAACAAUAAAAAACAAAACAGCAACAAAACUCCCUCUCACCUCCUCUCACCUUCUUUUGUCCUUGCCGAAGUGUUAAUAUUACAGAAGUACUGUGAGAAUUUCCUGUGUUGUGGUUCCUGGAACACUUUAGAGGCUUGUGAUUCUACUGCUUCUUAUUCACACUAUAAUGCGUGUCUCACCAAUAGAUGAUUUAAGAACAUCAUUUAAAUGCACAAUUUUUCAUUCUCUUUUUUGGCUAAAUUUCUUCAUACUCAACUUUCAGAUUCUUUAAUCUCCAGCUCAGCUCCAACAAUUCAACGCUGUUCUAUCUGAAAAAGUGCACAUCGUGCCUUCUCUACUUCGCUCUUGGAACAUAAUUUCUCAUGGCAGUGUUUAAGACCACUCUGUGGAGGUUAAUUUCUGGGACCUUAGGGAUAAUAUGCCUUUCGUUGAUGGCUACGUUGGGAAUUCUGUUGAAAAAUUCUUUUACUAAACUGAGUGUUGAGCCAGCAUAUACUCCAGGACCCAACAUAGAACUCCAGAAAGACUCUGACUGCUGUUCUUGCCACGAAAAAUGGGUUGGGUACCGAUGCAACUGUUACUUCAUUUCCAGUGAAGAGAAAACGUGGAACGAAAGUAGGCAUUUCUGCGCCUCUCAGAAAUCCAGUCUGCUUCAGCUUCAAAACAGAGAUGAGCUGCAGGAUUUUAUGAGCUCCAGUCAACAUUUUUACUGGAUUGGACUCUCUUAUAGUGAGGAACACACCGCCUGGUUGUGGGAGAAUGGCUCCGCACUCUCCCAGGAUCUAUUUCCAUCGUUUGAAACUUUUAAACCAAAGAACUGCAUAGCAUAUAAUUCAAAGGGAAAUGCUUUAGACGAAUCCUGUGAAACUAAAAAUCGUUAUAUCUGUAAGCAACAGCUCAUUUAAACGUUUCUUGGGGCAGAAAAGGUGGAGAGUAAAGACCCAACAUUACUAAUAAUGACACAGUUACCUGUUAUAUUGUUACUAAUUGUCUACUUCUGGAGUCUAUAAAAUGUUUUCAAACAGUGUCUUACACAAUUGUCAUAGAUGUGAAACAAUGUGUUUUAAAAUUGAUGAAAUUUGUGUAUCUACAUUUGAAAUUAUAAAAUUAAUAUGAAGAA